AUGAUUAGAACCGUGAAGCCCAAGAAUGCAAGAGCCAAAAGAGCUUUGGUAAAGAGAGAAGCCAAGCUGGUGGAGAAUGUCAAGCAAGCGCUUUUCGUUCCAGGCCAAACUUGCAAUAAGAAUCUACACGAUAUCAUGGUGGAUUUGAGUGCCUUGAAAAAGCCAGCUAUGAAGAGGUUUAAUCGUAAGAACGAUGUUCGUCCCUUUGAAGAUAUGACGCCGCUGGAAUUUUUUAGUGAAAAGAACGACUGCUCGUUAAUGGUGUUGAUGACAAGUUCCAAAAAACGUAAGAAUAAUAUGACAUUUGUACGUACGUUCGGCUAUAAAAUAUAUGACAUGAUUGAAUUGAUGGUUGCAGAUAAUUUCAAGCUGUUGUCUGAUUUCAGGAAGCUAACAUAUACCGUAGGGUUAAAACCUAUGUUCACAUUCCAAGGUGCUGCAUUUGAUACGCAUCCCGUAUACAAGCAAAUCAAGUCCUUGUUUCUGGAUUUCUUCAGGGGCGAAACCACCGAUUUGCAAGACGUCGCCGGUUUGCAACAUGUCAUUUCCAUGACCAUUCAAGGUGACUUCCAGGAUGGUGAGCCAUUGCCAAACGUUCUAUUCCGUGUUUACAAAUUGAAGAGUUACAGGAGCGAUCAGGGUGGUAAGAGGUUACCACGUAUUGAAUUGGUGGAAAUUGGGCCUCGUCUGGAUUUCAAAAUUGGCAGAAUUCAUACUCCAAGUCCAGAUAUGGUGACGGAGGCUUACAAAAAGCCAAAACAACUAGAAAUGAGAGCAAAGAAGAACGUAGACUUGGACAUCAUGGGUGAUAAAUUGGGUAGAAUCCAUUUGGGUAAGCAAGACUUGGGUAAUCUGCAGACAAGAAAGAUGAAGGGUUUGAAAGCCAGAUUCGACCAAGGCACAGAAGAGGGCGAGGGCGAAGUGGAUGAAGACUACGAAGAUGAAGCAUCAUAUUCUGAUGAGGGACAAGAAUACGAAGAGGAAUUUGUCAGUGCCACUGAUAUCGAACCAUCUGCUAAAAGACAGAAGAAAUGA